AUGAUCGCCCACUCCCACUCCCACACUCGCUCCAGGCGUCUGGUCAUCACCCUCCUCGCCCUCUCAACCCUCCUCAGCAUAUUCUGGCUAAACAGCAGAUACAGCUCCAGCUCCAGCUCCGAAUCCUGGCACAAAAGACUCCACAGCCUAACCGUCCCCGCGACAAACUCGCGGCGGGUAGCGAAAGUGUCCAUGCUAUAUGGGGCCCGGAAUACUCUAUACGAACGAGCGCUGCAGAGUCAUCGCCGCCAUGCAGAGCGGUGGGGGUACGGCAUGGAUGUCCUCCAGAAUGAUAUCGCGGUCGGGUACUGGAAUAAACCCAGCUAUUUGCUUUCGUUGGUGAUUGAGGAGUUGGCGAAGCCGGUGGGGGAGAGGAUCGAGUGGUUUAUGUGGGUUGACGCCGACACAGUCGUUAUAAACCCAGCGAUACCGCUAGAGAUCUUCAUCCCGCCGUUCGAGGUCGACGACAUCCACAUGAUCGCGACAAAAGACCACAAGGGGUUAAACACGGGGAUAUUCUUCCUGAGAGUGCAUCAGAAGACAGUGGACAUUCUCGUCAAGACGCUGGGCUACCCGAUCUACAAUCCCAAAGUGGCGCUCGGGGUGCAAGUCGACCAGGCAGCCAUGGAGAAGGUCGUCAGUCAACCGGCGCUCAAGAACAGCGUGCUGUAUCUACCGAGGACGUGGAUCAACACGUACGAGUGGGCCCAUGCGUAUGAAGGGCAGAAGGGGAAUUUCCUGGUGCAUUUCCCUGGAUUGGGGGACCAGCGGUGGGCACAUAUGGGCAAGUGGUUGGAUAUUGUUGAGCAGACGCCUGAGGCGUGGGAGGUGCCGGUUAAUGAGACGUGGUAUUUAGAUGAGAGCAGUGCGUUUUGGGACAGGGUGCUCACUGCGAAGAGAAUUAUCCGGGAGCAUGAGAAGACGCUCGCUGCUACAAAGGGGCCCGUUCCGAUGUCGUCUAGGAACAGACAGAGGGAACGUGCGGUGGAGGAGCUGCAGAAGGUGUUGGCCGAGGAGCCGUACUCGGAGAAGCUAAUGGACCUCCGGAUCAAAGACUGUAAUGUAGCACUGGAGGAGAAUUAG